UGCAACUGCAAGAUCCAUGGCCGCUUCCAACUCCAGCGCGCUUCUCCCCGUGUUGGCCCUCGCCGGCGUCGUCUUCUUCCUUGUCGCCCCCGCCGUCGUCGCCGAAGCAACCGCGCCGCAGGGCCUGGAGUUCCACGUCGGCGGCCCGCGCGGGUGGCGCGUCCCUGACGCCAACACCAGCUACGGCUGGUGGGCCAUGAACAACCGAUUCCGCGUCGGCGACCACCUCUACUUCAAGUACGCCAACGACUCGGUGCUCCUGGUGGACCGCACCGCCUUCGACGCCUGCAACACCACGGAGCCGCUCGCGACCUUCGCCGACGGCGCCACCAAGUUCGUUCUCGACCGCCCGGGCUUCUUCUGCUUCAUCAGCGGCAAGCCGGGACACUGCGAGGAGGGACAGAGGCUCAUCGUGCGGGUGAUGGUCCAGCCAGCAAUCGUCGCGACGCCAGGCCCGGCCUCCGCACCAGCGACGUCGGCGCCGCAGCCGGGCCACGGCGGCGGCCAUUCCUCCGGCGCAGCCACAGCGGUUGCCGCUGCUGCUGGCGUCGCCGCCGUGGCAGCGCUGGCUGUCUUCGUCAGCCUCGUCUAGUCGCACGCCACUGAUCAGCAGUUUCCAGCGUGUGCAUGCGCACUCGCGUACGUGCUCUAUGCAUGUCCUAGUUCUGCUUUAGUUUGGGUACCUGUGGCUUUUACAUAUUCACCACUCGUGAGUCAAGUAUCUGGUUCUGUAUUGUGUUGUGUCAGGACAAUUAGCUAGUUU